AUGGAAUUAUUAAAGUUUUUCCUUCGAAAUUAUUCGAGCCUACAUAGCAAAUUGAGGGCAGAAAAAGCAAAUAAAAAUGUAUACACAAUUAAGGGGGAUGUAGGUAACAACAAUGUUAUAAGCAGAAGACAGAAGGAGAGAAGUACGAAAUUAGAUAUAAAAAUAUAUGAACAGUUAAAAAAAAAAAUGCUAGGGAAACCAUUGAAUAAAUUACAGAAAAAAUACAUGAACGAAAAACGGCAAAAUUUUGCGCCCAUAUUUUUGGAUCAAUUAAAACCAAGAAUGAUAUUAUACAAAACAGCAAUUCAGGUAAAUGAGUUACCAUUGCCCAAGUAUCCUGAAAUAGCAUUUAUAGGUAGAUCAAACUGUGGAAAAUCGACAUUAAUUAAUGAAUUAUGUGGAAGGACAAAUAAGGCUAAGGUGAGUAAAUUACCCGGAUGCACAAAACAAAUUCAUUUUUACAAAAUAGCAAAGCCUUGCUUAUUAUGUUUAGUCGAUUUACCAGGAUAUGGAUUUGCACAUAGUAAAGAAGAAUUGAGAUUACAAUGGAAUGAAUUUACUUUAUUUUAUUUAAAAAAUAGAAAAAAUUUAAAAAAAGUUUUUGUUCUUAUUGAUUGUCGUGUUGGACUAAAAACAAGUGACAAGGAAUUGCUACACUUUUUUGAUAGAUAUAAUAUUAAAUAUCAAAUAGUUUUAAGUAAAUGUGAUUUAUUGAAUACAAAAGAUUUAGCUGUAAAAAUUCAAAUUGUUAAUGAAGAAAUUACAUGCUUUAAAAAUAUAGAAACCCCAAUUAUUCCUCUAAGUUCAUUAAAAAGACAGAAUUUAAAUGAAUUAAGGAGAGAAAUUGCCAGAUAUCAGUUGAAUAAAACUAUUGUAAAGAAUAACAUUGUAAUGAAAAUAAAUGACCUAAUUGAACAGAAGAGACUUAAGAAAUUGAAGGGACUUGGGGAGUCUCAUCAUGCAGGGAACCCACACGAUGUUACAAGUCAAAUGUGUAACCAAUUGAACAACAAAUUGGGGGAUGAAGGAGGAGAUCAUUUUAAUUUCCUUAAGACUAACACCCUUGGUAGGAAUAAUCAAAAAAGUAAAAAUAAAAUAUUCAAUCCAAAUGAGACUCAUUCUAAAGAUAUACUAAUCAGUGAUGAUACCAUUUCGGAAGCUUUAAAUAGAUGGAAAAACUGUGAUAAACAUAUUGAAGAUACAUGUUUUAACAAGUAUAUGAACAGCUAUAUGAAGUACAUAAUAAACGGGAUGCAGGAAAAUUUUCUGCACGAAUGUUAUAAAGAAUUUAACAAGAAUGACCUAAAUGUUAUUGACGACAUCAUUGAAAAUUGUGACAAAUUCGGUUACUUUGAUGAAAAAAUAAAGGAUAUAUCUCAAGGGAAGCUAAAAAAUACAGCACUGUUUGACAUGAAAAAUAUUCCCACAUGUAGGAAUGGGAUAACGUAUAUGAACAACAAGCAGAGGAAAUAUAAAAAAGAGCUCAAAUUAAUGGAAGAUCAAAUAACUGAAUGUGAAGAGAAAAAGGGAAAGAAUGAUGAGAUUGAUAGGAAUAAUGUAUGUAAGGGUAUGAAAGUUAACAUAUCUCGGCGCGGUAGUACAAAAUACAACAUAGAGGAAAACCCUUUAGUAUCUCCCAAUGAGAUCUGUACAAAUAAAAAUAAGAAACAUUACAUGAACAAAGGAGAGAUGACAUCAGAACAUAUGUGGGAUGCUGGUCAGUCAGGUGAUCUGAAUUAUUCUUCAGGUUAUACAAAACAUUUAGAAAUUACCUACGAUGAGAAACAUAAAAAGGAAAUUAGUAAAUACUCAAAUGAGCUACCAUUAAGAAACGUGGAUUCGAUUGAAUUAGAAAAAGAAUUACUUUUGGAGAGUUUGCAUUUAUCAAAUAAUAAAAAGAACAACAAUUAUGAAUAUGUCCAUUCUGAAAAUGUAAAAAUGGAAAAUUUAUUUGAAGAAAAUAAAAAUAAAACAUGGGAUGAUUAUUUCAAACGCAUGGAUUAUUCAAAAAUUAAGGGUAAUGUUUUAUUAGAAGAAGAUGAUACUUAUACCUCUGAGGAUUAUGCAAGUGGUUUAAAAAAAUCCAAAUUAGGCAUUCGCAAUAAUGAUCCACUGUCCAGUUAUACAUUUAAUAUAAAUGAUAAAGAUACCCAUGAAAUAUAUGAAAAAGGAAAGUCAGAUUUGUACAAGAUAUACAGAAGCAGACAGUUAGAAAAUUUAUAUAUACAAGACAACUCGAGUUUGUUUGGAUCGAACAAAAAUGUACAUAAAGGAGAAAAAGUCUCCACAGGAAAUUCUUCUUCACAAGGUGCUAACAAUGCAAGGAACAAAAAUAUAUCUACCCCGAGUAGUGUUUCCAACGAGUCUGUUAUGAAUAAGAAAAAAUCCCUAGCAAAUGGAGAAGAAAUAGAUAUGAAGAAAAAUUAUAUAGGUUUAAAAACUAGAUAUAAAAUUAUCAAAGGUACUAAAAAAUUAAAAUUAUUUGGCAAAAAAAAAACAAGUGAAAUUGUUCCUGUUCCUACAGAUUUAGCUACUGAUUAUUUUAAAUUAAGCAAUAACUCCACAUUUUACGAUAAAAAACAAAAUAGUUGGAAUUAUAUUAACUCUAAAUAUAAUAAAUGGCUUAAAAAAAUAAACCGUAAAAAAAUUUCUACAGAAAUUACAAGCCCUGUUAAAAAAGUUGAUGUAAUGGUGAGAUAUGCACAAAAGCAGGAAAGCAAAUAUAAAAAGGAGAAAAAUAAAUUACUCAUGCGAAAGAAUAACUUAGGUAUGAUCACAAAACCACCUAAUCAUAAGAAAGCUAAAAAAAUUUCAAGAAAUUAUACCUUAUCUGAUGAGCAAAAGAUAUUUGAUAGGGAAGCAUUUUUUAAGUAUCGUGAUGUCCAAAAAUGA